AUGCAGGUGGCACUUAGGCGCACACAGCCCCGCGUCCCGUUGAACGCCAAGCCCUCUGUGGCAGGAUCUCCUCUGCAGAGUAUUCUUUCAAAACCUGAAUUAUUAGCUCCAGGGCCGGUGCGGAGCCGGCAGGACCCGCCUCCGCCUCCCAGUCUGGGGGUUCCUGUACCACCUGAGGCCGCGCCACUUCCGUGUACGUCAGCAGCGCGCGCCCAGUUUUUCAUCCUGCCCGCCCUCCGCCCCCUGCAGCGUGGGAUAGGCUGUGGCGUCAGGGAUGGACACCUGCGCCGGCCAAUUAGAGAGCAGACAGUUCAGCCGCCUCCCGCACUGCGCGGGCUCCUGGCUGCGGAGGGACGAGGGACUUCUCUCGUAGGCUCAGCCCCGCAGCAGGCAUGUUCCCGGGAUUUCGGCCGCCAGGACCAGUUUAAACACAUCAUCCAUGGCCUUCUCCCUGCAGCCAGCAUCGCCCCAAAGCCAGCUGUGCCCCGCACACCUCCUCCCCGCAGCCCCAACCCGUCUCCAGAGAGACAAAGGUCUGCUCUGGCUGCAGCCAUCCUGGCAACAACGUUGACUGGGCGGACAGUCGCCAUUCCUCAGCCUCGCCAGAGAUCCCAAUCUGAGAACAACACGAUCUGCGCUGAAAAGGACAGCUUCAUUGAGCCCUAUGCCACCUCCUCGGAGCAGAGACUUCGGCAAAGUUGGCAGAGUGAAAGGAGAACUUCUUUACCAUCCUUUGAGAUGCUGAGCUGUGGAGAGGAAGAGGAUGAUGAAACAGAGCUCUCCUCCAGCUCCGAGGAGGUGGGAGAUGGCAGUGCCCAGAAAGAAGAGGGAGGUUGCCAUGAUGCCGAGUAUGCGAAGCCACACAAAAAUCAGAAGGUGCUUUUGUCACAGUGGGUGGACAGUGACGACGAUGAAAAUCCGUGUGAGCCAGAUGGAUUUCCAGGCUCACCUCCUGCACCACAGUAUGCACAACGGAAAGAUGAUACACAUGUGGUUCUAAAUUUAAAGGAUGAAGAGGUGUCGUUGUGUGAAAAGCUUUCACCCUCCCCAGAUAUAACUGGUGGAGCAUGUCAGAUAUGUAAAAAAAAAGCCCGAGAAAAGUUCAAGGAAUUAAGCGAAGAAAAUUUGCUCCUGAUCAAUAAAAAUCAAGAACUUAUCCUUGAACUGCAUGUAAUGAAAGAAGCGAUGAGAGAACUGCAUUUAAAAUGCAAGAGGCUGGAAGACGACAGCUGUGCGCUGCAGGAAGCCGAGAAAGCGUCCUCUCAGGGAGUUGCUGAACCUGAAUUACUUUAUCUAAGGAAACAAGCUCAAGAAUUGGUGGAUGAAAACGACGGGUUGAAAAUGACCAUCCAUCGUUUGAAUGUAGAACUGAGUCGAUAUCAAACAAAAUUUAGGCAUUUGUCCAAGGAAGAGAGUUUAACUAUUGAAGGCCUCCCAUCAAAGGGCCCUAUACCACCCUGGUUGUUGGAUAUAAAGUACCUGUCUCCAUUGUUGUUGGCUUAUGAGGACAGAAUGAAAGAGAAGGAUGAGCUCAAUGCCACCCUCGAGGAGGAAAUGAGAAUGUUUAGGGUGCGAGUCCAAGAAGUGGUGAAAGAAAAUGAAGUGCUGCACCAGGAGUUAAAUAAGAGCAGUCCUGUAUCCUGUGAGGAAUGGCACCAGCUUCAGGCUCAAGCAGAACUGGUUUUAGAGGAAAACAAGCUAUUGCUGGAGCAGUUGGAGGUCCAGCAAAGGAAAGCCACAGAGACCCAUGAGGAGCAUCGCCAAGAAGUCUCUAAGCUGAAUGAAAAGCUGACGCUGCUGGAAGCUACAACACAGACCCAGGAAAAGGAGCUCUGUGCCAGCAAGGAGCAGGUGGAGAUUUUACAAGCUCAAUGCCAGGAACUCAAAACACACCUGGAUGGCACAAUUGAUGCAGGAGUUCAUACACUGAUUGUAAAUAAAUUAAAGAG